CUGCCAAUUUAUUAAUUGACAAUAACGGCAUUCUUAAGAUUGCAGAUUUUGGUCUUUCACGUCCGAUAAUAAAUGACAAAUCAUUAACUGGAUGUGUGGUAACGCGGUGGUAUAGGUCACCGGAAUUAUUACUCGGUGCAAAACAUUAUUCAAUCGCAAUCGAUAUGUGCGUUUUUGGCGAGAUGUUAAGAAGGCAACCAAUACUGAUGGGGCAUUCUGAUAUUCAUCAAUUAGAGAUCAUUUAUAAAUUAUGUGGAACACCAACAGCUGAUACCUUUAAGGGUUUGGGAACACCAGAUCAGCAGAUCGAACCUGAGAAAGAAUUACCGCGAAGAGUGAUUUCCGAAUUUGAAAGGCAUGGAUCACAAGCAGCGGAACUAAUGGAUAGAUUGCUUGUACUUGAUCCAAAACAUCGGUUGACUGCAUUUCAGGCAUUAGACCAUGAUUAUUUCUGGACAGAUCCUUUGCCCGCAGAACCCAAAGAUUUACCGCAGUAUGAAUCAAGUCACGAAUAUAGUCGUCGUAAUAAACAAAAGGAGAAGAAAGAACAUAAAGCCGAGGAAAUUUCUACAAGAAUCACAUCAGCCGAGAAACAUUCCGAAAGGCAAGAACGGUUUGAACGAAAAGAUCGCAAAAAGUCAAAAAGGAUGCGAAGUCCUGAAAGACAGCGUGAUCCACACGAACCUAAAAAGCGUAGUCGAUAUGUCACGCGAACAGACAAUCAUGAUCAACCAAAAAACCGGCGGAAUUCAAUUGACGAAAUGAAAGAUAAUUCGAAGCGUGGGCGUAAUAAAGACAAAAGACAUAGUCCAGAAGGCGACGAACAAAAUGAUAAUUCUGAUCCGCCUAUAAAGCGUAACCGACAACGUCAUCAUCCACUCCCGGAAAAACCGAAAACUACGGCAGACGUUGAUAAAAAAUAA